UAGAAAAAUUUAAUGUGUUUAUAAACAUGUUUGUACUAAAAAUGGGAAGAAAGAAAGAAAAUGUAAUGUUAGGAUUUUCAGAGAAGGACUUAGGAAGUCCCAAUUCUCAGGGAAGGACUCUCCGGCAAGUUAUAAAUAGCAUCACUCCAAUAGCCACCCUAUCAUACCUUAAAUUUCUCUUUUUUGUACAAAUCUCAUAACUUGCUUAUUCUCUUUCAUUUUUCCUCAAUACUCUCUCAUCAUCACCAUGACUAUCCUCAUUGACCAACAUGAUUAUUUUGGAUCUGAUGGAGAGGAUAAGACGGUGGCAGCUAAUGAAAGGGAGUUGAUGUUGGAUGGUGGAUUUGUUAUGCCACAGGCCAACUCAUUUGGCCACACUUUUAGGAAUUAUGAUGCUGAAAGUGAGAGACAAGAAGGAGUGGAGAAUUUCUACAGAAAAAAUCACAUUUACCAAUCCUUUGAUUUUGUGAAGAAAAUGAGAGAGGAAUAUGGAAAAUUGAACAGGGUAGAAAUGAGCAUAUGGGAAUGUUGUGAACUUCUUAAUGAAGUGGUGGAUGAGAGUGAUCCUGAUUUGGAUGAACCACAAAUUGAGCAUUUGCUACAAACAGCUGAAGCUAUAAGAAAGGACUACCCAAAUGAAGAUUGGCUCCACUUAACUGGCCUUAUCCAUGAUCUUGGCAAAGUGCUUCUCCUUCCCAGUUUUGGAGGACUUCCUCAAUGGGCUGUUGUAGGUGACACAUACCCUGUUGGUUGCAGAUUUGAUGAAUCAAUUGUUCAUCACAAGUAUUUUAAGGAAAAUCCAGACUAUAACAACUCUGCAUACAACACUAGAUGUGGGAUUUACUCUGAGAAAUGUGGACUUAACAAUGUCAUGAUGUCAUGGGGACAUGAUGAUUACAUGUAUCUUGUGGCAAAGGAGAACAAAACUACUCUGCCCUCAGCUGCUAUGUUCAUUAUAAGAUACCAUUCAUUUUAUGCUUUACAUAGGGAGGGAGCCUACAAACACUUGAUGAAUGAUGAGGAUGUUGAGAAUCUGAAAUGGCUCCACAUUUUCAACAAAUAUGAUCUCUACAGCAAGAGCAAAGUUCGAAUUGAUGUUGAAAAGGUGAAACCAUACUAUAUCUCCCUCAUUGAAAAGUACUUCCCUGCAAAGCUGAAGUGGUGAAAUAUUGGAGGAGCCUUGAAGUUGAAAAAUAUUUAGCAUGAUAAUUAGUUUAGAAUAUGUACUAGAGGGAAUAAGCUAUUAAGCUGCAAGUACCUUGAAUUUAUAUGCUUUGGAAGUUUAGGAUUCUUGUAUGAAAUGAAUUAUUAAUAUUUUUAGUCAAGAUGCCUCAUCAAUUAUUUUCA